UCUUUUAUUAAAUAUACAUGAUAUAUUUUUAAUUUCUUGAAAAAGAGAAAGAGAGGGAAUCGAAUCGAUUUUGAUGUUACACUUUGCAUCUGAUUGUGCCUCAAAUUUUUUUACCGCUCUGGUGUUUAAGUGGAGUAAAAGUGUAUAAUUAACUUGUUGUUUAAAGACGGUUGUUCGACGACACGUGGGUAGCGGAAAAUCCACGCCAGUUCUAUGUGAUCGCCGGCGCGACCUAUGUGUACUUACCAAGCUGGGGUUCCAUGCAGAUGGAAUUGAUAGACAAGACAUUGCCGCACGCAGAGUUUCGAUUCUCGGACAUGCGAAACGAUAUUGGAUUGUUCAGGGUGACUAUUUACGCCGUGUAUAUAAUUCUGUGUCGAUAAUAAAGAGAGCAAACCUUGUAACAACCGCGUGGUCGUUUGUUGUCAUCCGCGCCCAUCCUUACAGUUGAAGAGACCCCUUUAUAGGAACGCGUACGUUCAAUUCGUCACACUACCUCCGGCAUAUAUUACGGAUAUGUUUAAAAUAUAUACGGAAGACUGUGUCGCAGCUGGAUGGGGACGGCACAUACCUGGUUCAAAUCAAGGGAGCGGUACAUAUUUGCGACAUGUUCGGAUUCCAUUGAUUUCACCCGAAAAAUGUCCUAUGCGGAAUGUGCAUAAAGAAAAACAAUUGUGUGCGGGUCUGCCAGAAGGUGGUCGUGAUGCUUGCCACGGAGAUAGCGGUGGACCACUGCUAUGUAAUGGAACACAAGUUGGUAUCGUUUCUUGGGGUGAGAGUUGUGCCCGUCCAAAUUCACCGGGUGUUUAUUCUCGUGUAGAUUUUUAUCUACAAUGGUUGAACGAGACUAUUCUUUUAAAUGGAACCUCGGAAUGUUCUAAAUGCGUCCUUCUCGCGGUCAUGUUUAUCUUCGUCUUUCGCUGGAGAAUGAACAGUUACAAGUGA